AAAUAAGGUAAUGGGGAAAUCUCAAUCCUUCCACUACUGAUUGGAAAGCUGCUACAAUUAGAAAGCUUUUUUAAACUACUGGCAUCUUGGUUUGGAAGGAAUAGAAAGGUUCAUUUUAAGUGACGCAGUCCUCGCUGUGCAGUUUGAAAACCUUGGGCGAUAUCUGGUUCGUUAUCAUUGGUCAGAAGACGGGGAUCUUUAACAAAUUCAAGAAAAAAAAUGAAUUGGAGUAACACCACGAUACCUUCACCUGCGAGCACGAGGGCACAUCCAUGGUUCGUGAUCUUCUGUGUCGAAGCGUUUAUCAUUGUAUGUGGUAAUCUUAUCACUAUUUUGGCAUUUGUCUCAAGCAAAUCCUCGAGAAAAAGUAAAUUCAUGCUGCUUACUAAUCUUUCCGUAGCAGACAUGUUAGUCGGCGCUUUUCCUUUGCCUUUAUAUUUAGCUUACCUAGGAGCCGAAAUGUCCUUUUGGAACAUUCACUGGGGACUGGCUUUGGAUAUAACUUUGUUCGGGCUGGAUGUUCUUCUUGGAUUUGCAUCUCUGACAACUCUUACAGUGAUUUCUCUUGAACGUGUCUACGCCGCUUUGGUUCCAGUUGGUUAUCGCGGUCUCAGUUCGCGAAAUUAUUUGUUUUCCAUCGCGUUGAUUUGGUCUGUUGCUUCGACCACCACAGUCGUUUGCCUUGUGAGUAAUUUUGUGCUUAACUCCAUGAAAAUCGCAACCUAUGUAUCCAUGUCUCUGCUGAGCGUGCUCUGUAUUGUGAUAAGUGUCUCGUAUUUGACAAUAUGGCGCCGAAUCAAAUCGAAAAGAAGGUUCAUUCGUCAAAAGUCGAGCGAGUAUGAAAACAAACUAGCUUUGACAUUGUUUAUUGUGACACUCACCUCGCUUGCAGCCUGGCUUCCUUUUGUUAUUGUUAACGUUCUGUUCGUGUUUUCAUCGGUUCAUUUUAGUUUCAAUUUUUUUUAUUUUUCCAAAGUACUUCACUAUGGAAACUCCUUCGUUAAUCCUUUAGUUUACAGCUUAAGGAUGCCAGAGUUUCGCAGCUCGGUAGUUCGAAUUUUCUGCACGAGUUCUAGGCAGAGGAAAGGCGCCGCCAGCUGUCAGCGCAGCGUUACUGAAGAUGUUCAAAGUACCUCUCGAUCACCUCGAUGCAAAACACAAAAGGAUGAAUUGAGUACGCCCACUAAAAGCAAAAAUACCACAGUGACCUGGAGAAAAGGUAAUCCCCAGGAAGUCUCGGUUCUACUUACUGACCUGGGAGACACUGAAAAGUUUUGAUGAUUCAAAUAAACAAACUUCGAAUCAGAUUUAUCUCUGGCUUUUCUUUCAUUCCUUUCAAACUGUUACAGUGGAUUUACACAGAGAAGAACUCGAAGUUUAUCCUUUUUUUCAUUCGAGUGAAAGGCCAGGAGAAGAUUCACAUAAGUAGCUUUACGAAAUUAAUUUUCCUUGGCUGUUGCCCAAUCUUGUACUGCGCUGGAUCUGCCUCACCUCGCCUCGAUCGACCAUGGCCACACUUUGUCAUCGUCUUCUUUCCGCGCUGUAGGUCUUUUGCAUGUGACUUUUUUAUUGGUUCUUCGUGGUGUUGAAUUUUUCUCUGGUUGGCUCUGUUUUUUUUUUUUGUUUUGUUUUUUUAUUUUGAUGGCCGAACUGAAAGGGCUCUUCGCGCUUGAUCAUCUUUAUUGUGGAAUCCUCUUUUUCUGCUUUUAAUUUUAGAAGUCAUGAUUUCACAUUUGGGGUGACAGGAAAACGAGGACUCGGGCACACCGUGUUUUUAGGCUUAACAUAGCCUUUUUC